CUCCGCCUUUGUAUGUGUCCCAUAAUCCACCGCUCUUCCUUUUCCACAUCCAGCGCACAGAAUGGCACCCAAGAAGGGCGAGAAGAAGAAGGGCCGCUCGGCCAUCAAUGAAGUGGUGACCCGCGAAUACACCAUCAACAUCCACAAGCGCAUCCACGGCAUCUCCUUCAAGAGGAGAGCUCCUCGCGCCCUGAAGGAGAUCCGCAAGUUCGCAGUGAAGGAGAUGGGCACUCCUGAUGUUCGCAUCGACACACGCCUCAACAAGGCCGUGUGGGCUAAAGGAGUGAGGAAUGUGCCGUACCGCAUGCGUGUGCGUCUGUCCCGGAAACGCAAUGAGGAUGAGGAUUCCCCAAACAAGCUCUACACCCUCGUCACAUAUGUCCCCGUCACCACCUACAAAGGUCUGCAGACUGUAAAUGUGGAUGAAAAUUAAGCUGUUCUUCAUGCUUGUUGGAAUAAACAGAUAAAAGGA